AUGCAGAAACCACAUCCAUUCACUGCCGCUCGUGCCACUCUUGGCUAUCUCGAUCCUGCUUCCCCUCACACCGGCGUUCACGCAGUAGCCGUGCAGGAGGGAUGGGUGCUGAAAAAGAGAAGAAAGAAGAUGCAAGGUUUCGCUCGACGUUAUUUCACUCUCUAUCAAACUGGACUACUCACUUAUUCUUUUGAACCUGGGCAGCCUGUCCGAGACCAGAUCAUCGUACAGACCGCUGCCAUUUCAACUGCUCCUGGACGCAAAGACAUUCACAUUGAUUCCAGCAACGCUACCUUUCACAUCAAAUGUUUGAGCACCGAAGAUUUCACUCGAUGGAUGCUCGCGUUCAAGAAAUUCACCACCCAGGGUCUUGAAGCUCGUAGGUCAGCAAGUGUCCGCCGCUCGCGACAAGAAAGUCUAAAGAUAGGCAAAUCGGCCCUCAUAGUCGAAGAAAUGACGACGACGUUGCAUGAACUAGAAGAGGCAUUUAAUGAUCUGGUCGAAUCUGCUUCAAAGAAGCAUUUGAGUGUCGGACGGACGAAACCUGAGAAAGAAAAACAAAGGGAAAGUGUGUCAGUCUUUGGGUUAUUCAAGAAGGCUCAUUCUCAUGAAGAAACUCACCGGGUCGAUUCAGAUGUCCCUCAAACUCCCGAGGAACGGAUUCGACAAGCAAUAGAAUUAUUGAAAUCCCAGCAUAUGAAUUUGAUCAAGUCAUUUCAAGGAUUUUCACCUCUCGAAAUGUCUAUCAAUCAGCCUUCUCCAUUACCCUAUACGGCAGAAGAAGAAGAGCAACAGGAUCGAACAGAGGAUCUUUCCGAUAACUUUUCAUUCCCGUUCACUCGAAACACGAAGCGAGCAUCCCUUGCAACUACAUUAAGUGACAGCGUCCAUGAGUGGUUUGACGCAUCUGAAGGCCACGAAGGUGCUGAAGUGUUUGUUCUGGACCCAACUUCCCCGGAUGUUGGUGAACAGCCCAGUAGAAUGACGAGUGACAGUGACAGUGACGUGGAACGAGCCAAAGACACCAACAGCCUCGAUACUGAUAUAGAGUCUACGGAACCCACGAAUACGGAGACUUGUUCCCAAGAGAAUACAGUCAUUACGAGAAGGACUCGCCUACCUGCUCCGAUCACCGGUGACGAAGGCAGUCUGUUUGCUGUAUUGAAGAAGAAUGUUGGAAAGGAUUUGUCCGCGAUCGCUUUCCCCGUGACGUUCAAUGAGCCUCUCAGCCUUCUUCAAAGGGCGGCGGAGGAAAUGGAGUACCAUACACUUCUUGAUCAGGCGGCCGAAGAAUCGGAUCCCGUCAAUAGGCUUCAAUACGUCGCUGCUUUCGCUGUGUCUAGUUAUGCACAUACACGACAUCGGACUGGCCGUAAAGGAUUUAAUCCAAUGCUCGGGGAGACCUUUGAGGACAAUCGGAUGAAAUUCAUUGCGGAAAAGGUGCGACACAAUCCCGUAGAAAUGGCGUAUCACGCAGAGGGUCCCCACUGGGAGCUCACGGCUACCUCUGCUGGCAAGACAAAAUUCUGGGGCAAGAGCUUAGAAAUUAUUCCUCUCGGAACAACUCAUCUUCGGAUUGGCAAGGACCAUUAUCAAUGGAAGAAACCUUCGUCUUUCAUGCGGAAUCUCAUGGUUGGUACCAAGUACCUAGAACAUGUUGGAAAUUUGGUUGUACAGAACACUACCGAUGAUAGCCGUUGUGUCCUGGAUUUCAAGCCGAGCUCUUAUUGGGGUGCCUCAAAUAUCGUAUCAGGAACAGUCCAAGACUCCUCUGGGACGAUCGUUUCUAAAUUAGAAGGAAAAUGGGAUGAACACUUCUCACACGAAGUAGAUUCUUCCCAUCUUAUCGUUCUCUGGCGCGUGACCCCGUGGCCUAAGAACACACAAGAUUAUUACGGCUUCACAAGUUUCAGCAUGACCCUGAAUGAAAUCACACCCGACGUAGCAGGCAAGCUACCACUCACGGAUUCGCGACUCAGACCAGAUGUGAAAGCAUUGGAAGAGGGAAAUUUAGAUUCUGCGGAGGCGGAAAAGACCAGAAUAGAAGAGGCCCAACGUGAGCGAAGACGUCUCGGUGUUGACCAAAAGCCGCGGUGGUUCAAACAGCAAGGGGACGAGUGGGUAUAUUCUGGUGGAUAUUGGGAGGAACGAGCGAAUGGGUGGAAGGGCGUGGAUGUGAAGCCCUUAUGGUGA